AUGGAGAGCACAUCGCCGCCGCCACCGCUCCUCGUCUUCCUCCUCCGCCACCGCUCCUCCACCACACUCUUCUCCACAGCGUGGAGAUCCCCUCCUCUCCUUUCCCCUCUUAGAUCUAGAUCUAGAAGGGUGCGGAGGUGGGGCUUCCACUACGUGACAGGAGGGGGAGGAUGGAGAGGGUGCGGUAGGGCAGAAUCCCUCAUGACGGGGCUCGCAUCGCUUCGCACGGUCGCAUCCUCUCGUCCUCUCUGCGCUAAUCCGGCUCUUCUUCCCCAAAUCCUCCUUCCCCGAUCCAGUCCCACAACGACGCCGAGGGAGAGCGAGAAGAGACAGACACAUAUCGCUGGAGUCAUUGUUUGCAUCAUUAUGUCUUCUCAAGCGACAUGGCCAGCAAAAGCUUGA